AGCGAGAGAGGGAGAGAGGUAACGGAUAUUUGCAGACGCGAGAGAGACGCGAGGACGACGCGACGCGUACGAUCGAGAUAACAGGGCAGUCGUGACGUGCGAAGGGCUCGCAAUUGAGGUAUACGAUCGGAAUUGAGGUUGCGAUUGAGCGGACAAUCGACACGCGCGGCUGCGAGCGAUUGAUGCGGAAGAGAGAUCGCGAUUGAUGGCGAUGGCCUGUCAGAGAGAGGGUUGACCGAUCCUUCUUCGUUCGCGACGGGUCGGGACGCCGUGACCUGUGCGCGCGUGGCUGAACCGAAACACGCGCGUCGCUCGGCUCGGCGCGCGGUCAGGGAUUCAAAUCGCGCGGACGGAAUGUUUGUUGCCCCGCGGUGAGCCCGUCUCGUCUAAUCCCUUCGGUGGCGGCGGCCACGUCCUUCGAUCGAAUCGAUCCGCCGUGAUAACGAUUUGAGUCCACUGUUGGCUCUCUCUCUCUCUCUCUCUCUCUCUGCUUGGAAAAGUCCUUCUGUUGUUGAGUAAAGAACAACGACAAGGAACUCGCGUUCUGCCAGCAUGCCGAGCCGAUCUCCGUCACUUUCUUCUUCGAGAGAGGUAACUGUCACUUUCGUCAUUUCUCACGGGCCUGAUGGUGGAUAGGCCCAUGUGACAGGAAAUCAAUAUUCUGUUCGAUGUCGAGUACGAAAUCUGAAGGCUGAGAGAAAAACUGAGAAUACCAAACGAGCCGAAUGAUGUUCAAUUGACGAAGACUGCGCAGCGCUAGGAAUGGCCCUCUUCAGUUCCGUCUUCCUGGGUGUCUGGGGAGUGUUCGUGGUCAUUUUGAUACAAGAAUCGACACCCGUUAGCUGGGAGGAAUGGUGGACGUACGACGGUAUUUCCGGUCCCGCCUUCUGGGGUCUCAUCAACCCGGAAUGGUGGCUCUGUAACAAAGGUCGAAGACAAUCACCGGUCAAUCUCGAGCCCACUCGGCUGCUUUUCGACCCGAAUUUACAACCGCUUCAUCUGGACAAGCACAGAAUCAACGGUGUACUGGCGAACACCGGGCACAGCGUCGUGUUCGCCGUGGAGAACGACACCCGUCAUCCCGUCAACAUAUCCGGCGGUCCGCUCAGCUAUCGUUAUCAGUUUCACGAGAUUCAUCUGCACUUCGGCGCGGACGAUCGCGUCGGCAGUGAGCACACCGUCGACGGGCACGCCUUCCCUGCCGAGCUCCAGAUAUUCGGCUUCAACUCGCAGCUCUACAACAAUUUCUCGGACGCCCUGCACCGGGCACAGGGGAUCGUGGCGGUGUCGCUUCUUUUGCAGGUUGGCGACCGCUCGAACCCGGAGUUAAGAACCUUCACGGAGCAGCUGGAUAAAAUCAAAUACGGAGGGCAGGCCAUGGAAAUUAAACGUUUCGGAGUGCGCGAACUUCUGCCGGACACGAAGCAUUACAUGACGUACGACGGCUCCACCACGAUGCCGGCGUGUCACGAGACCACCACAUGGAUCAUCCUCAACAAGCCCAUAUACAUCACCAAGCAGCAGCUGCACGCUCUAAGGCAAUUGAUGCAAGGCGACGAGAAGCAGCCGAACGCGCCGCUUGCGAAUAACUUUAGACCACCGCAACCCCUUCAUCAUCGUCCCGUGCGGACGAACAUUGAUUUUAAUGUUCAGGGUCCGAAGAAUUGUCCGACGAUGAACAGGGACAUAUAUUACAAAGGUACGAUGCGAAAUCAAUCGCAGACUCUUGGACAGACCAGUAGAAUAGAAUUCGCGUACAUAUUCCGAUCGUCGCGCAGACAUCGUUAGCGUAGUGAAAAUCACGGUAAUCGCGCACGGUAGUCUAGUUUACGCCGAGAUCGUGGAAAAGAAAGAGAAAGGAAGAGAGGGAGAGAGAGGAGAAAGAGCAAAGUUGAGGAACGUGAUCGGGCGUUUCCCUUCGAAUCGUACCGUUAAAGUGUUAGAAAUGUUAACACGUGGCAAUGCCCUCUCGCCUAGGAGCCGGGGCGGGACUUAGAGAAAACCGUAGCGUUGCCCGAUCGCAUUAAAUAUCCUUCCCUUGUCUCCCUUUUCAGCCAAUAGCUGGAAAUAAUACCCAGCACUGCCGUGAGGUCGACGUUCGCAGUAACUACGCUUUCCCCCUCCCCCCCCGGAACGAGUUGGAACUUCGCUGUAAGGAAAAAAAAUUGACAUAUCAAUUACAGGCGCGACGCCGGGUCACAAAAGUUGCGGCGGAGAGAACGCGAGAGGAGGGUACCCGACGGCGCCCAUGGCGUUGAGAGGUCGGGAUUAUAAAAGAGAGAGAAAAAAAACCAGAAAAAAAAUGCUUCGUUGUACUUAUUAGACGUGAAUUGCCAAGUAUGUUUCCAGUUAAACAAGAAAAAAAAAACCCAGAUAUACCUAUAGAUCACAAGUUAGACGAGAUAAGCUAAUCGUAAGAUCUAUUAUUAUACAUAUAUCGGUAAACUAUCGGAAAAAAAAAAAAGAAGCUAUGACUAUCGUGGCCUGCGCGGGGUUUGAGAGAUGCAAUUAUAUGUAUGAAAAUUCACGCGCGACGGAGCGCGCUAUCGAGCGAAAGUUUAUACUAUAUUCUUGUAAUAAAAGCUUGAAAACGCAAAAAAA